UAAGACGAUACUCAGAAAAUCAGUUCUCGUGGAUCUGAUGCCUGGAACAGCUCUCUGACCCUAUAUAAUGACCAGAGCACUGACUCUACACUCACACUCACUGCUCUCUACUCCACAGCAGAAGACCCUCCACUCUCUCCAGCUCCGUCUCUCUGGCUGAAAUCAGACGCUCUGCUAGAAUGAGGACUCUGUCUGCUCUGCUGGUGCUGCUGCUAAUCUGCUCUCUCCAGCUGACCUCUAGUGCUCCAAUUGCAACUGAACAACACUCCUGCUGUCCCUAUUUGACUCCCAUGAAGAUCCCUCUGGCCCAGGUGGUGUCCUACACAUGGACAAGCAGUGACUGCCACCUUAAAGCCAUUGUAUUUCUUACUAAAAAAGGAAAGCAGAUUUGUGUGGAUCCGGACACUGUGUGGGUCAGCAGUCAUGUUGCCGCUGUGGACAAGCGCACACAAUGAUACAACACCGAGGACUACAGUUCCCACAACGCUGUCACUUAAAAAGCUUCCUUAACUUAUUGUUCUUUAAAAUUGACUCUGAGAGUU